GCCGCCGCUCACCACAGUGGGACAACGCGAGGUCAGGUGACCCCAUGAGGCGGCUGGGCGGAGGUGGCGUGCCACAGCGCAUGCGCUCCCAGCGCCCAGGUGAGACAGGAGGGGCGGAGAGAGGCGACAGCAGCAGCCCAGGCCAGCGGGGGACGGCCCGUCCGGGACAGAAGAAGAGGAGGCGGCUUGGUGGUCGUGCUCGCUGGCGGCAGCAAGGUGCUGACAUGUCCUCUGCCGCCGUGCCCACUGCCUCCUCCUCCUCGGCGGCUGUUGGGAUGCCCGCCACCACAGCCAAGACUAAGACGAAGAAGAAGCACUUCGUGCAGCAGAAGGUGAAAGUGUUCCGGGCCAGCCAUCCGCUCGUCAGCGUCUUCAUGUGGGGAGUCAGUCACUCGAUCAAUGAGCUAAAUCAGGUUCCGGUUCCAGUGAUGCUUUUGCCAGAUGAUUUUAAAGCAAAUUCAAAAAUUAAGGUCACUAAUCACCUUUUUAACAGGGAGAACUUACCUAGUCACUUUAAGUUUAAAGACUACUGCCCGCAAGUAUUCAGAAAUCUCCGUGAGCGGUUUGGAGUAGACGACCAAGAUUAUCAGGUUUCCCUGACGCGUAGUUCCCCUUAUACUGAAAGUGAAGCUCAUGACAGUAGAUUUCUCCUGUCCUACGACAAGACUUUGGCAGUUAAAGAAAUAUCCAGUGAAGAUGUUGCCAACAUGCACAGCAUCCUGUCUGACUACCACCAACACAUUGUGAAAUGUCAUGGAAGCACACUGUUACCGCAGUUCUUGGGGAUGUAUCGUUUGAGUGUAGACAACGAAGACUUCUAUAUGUUGGUAAUGAGAAAUAUGUUCAGCCACAGACUUACAGUUCACAAAAAGUAUGAUCUUAAGGGCUCUUUAGUUUCUCGUGAAGCAAGUGAUAAAGAAAAGAUAAAAGAUCUUCCAACUUUAAAAGAUGUGGAUUUUCUAAAUCUGAGCCAGAAAGUAUAUGUUGACGAGGAACAAAAGAAAGUCUUCAAGGACAAGCUGAAACGGGAUGUUGAGUUUCUAGUGCGUUUAAAAAUAAUGGAUUAUAGCCUCCUGGUGGGAAUUCAUGAUGUUCUCCGAGCAGAGCAAGAAGAGGAGGAGGAACUGGAAGAGGAUGAUGCUGAGAAUGAGGGACCAGGUCAUGUGACUGUUGGCUCCUAUGGGACUUCCCCUGAGGGAAUAGCUGGGUAUCUGAACUCCCAUAAACCUCUAGGCCCUGGAGAGUUCGAGCCAUUUAUUGAUGUAUAUGCAAUCAAAAGCUCUGAUAGUGCUCCACAGAAGGAGGUCUAUUUCAUGGGACUGAUUGACAUUUUAACACCGUAUGACGCAAAGAAGAAAGCUGCUCAUGCCGCCAAAACUGUAAAGCAUGGGGCUGGAGCUGAGAUCUCUACUGUUCAUCCUGAUCAAUAUGGGAAAAGGUUCCUGGAGUUUGUCACAAAUAUCUUUGCGUAAAUCGGGAUUUUUCAUUUCUAUGCAAUUGUUACCUUUCAAAUGGCAUGACAACGUGUCAGCAGGGGGGGAGAUCGCCCUGUAAAAUGGACAUAUUCUGAACUCUGCAAUUGGAGCAAUAGAAUAUUUGUGGACCAAAUAAAGAAGAAAUCUAUCCUGAUGCAAUGGUACUCAGCUAUUUACUAGCAAAUGUAGGAUUGAAGCAUCACCGCUGCUCAUUGUGGUACCCACUGUUUAGGCUCACACCUACCUACCUAGCUAACUGCUGUCAAUGCAGUUCCUUCCUUUCUAGUGAUAUUUCACUUACAUCUGCUCCACAGUCAAUUAAGAUGCUCUGACGUCUAUCAAUAGCAAUUUCAGUGUUAGGGGUCAAUCCUAGUAGAAGCAAAUGGUGUGAUGUACCGGCACCCUAUCUUGCACCCUUUGCGGGCUGGUUUCAGCCCAAAACACGCACACAAUAGCUCUGAGCCUUAUUGGGGUUUUGAGCACUUUGUGCGAGUUUGGGCUGUCGUAAAAUGAUCACGGAUAAUUGGAUCGACCUAUGGUAUUGUUUUUGUUAAAAUACGGUAUUUUUGCCAAUGUCAGUGAUAUGUCGGUGUGUGUUCUGCUGCCUGUACAGACUGAACUCUGUGUAACCAAGUGGUCACACAGGCAGAUUUGACCAUGUAUAAGCAGUUUUACUAGAGACACCAUUGACUGACUGCUGUAAAACUAUUCUACAAGUAAAGGUAUAGUAAUAGGGCUAACCAUAGCAACCAAUGAGAUGGUCUUCUUUCUCUAGUACAGCUAAGAAAUGAAAGCACACAGCGGAUGGCUCUGUUCCUGUGCGGUAGUAUCUUCAGUUAACCGUAGAACACUUUUCAGAAAUUGUUCAAAAUUGCUUCUGUGGGUUGUUGGUAAAAUUCUGCCCUUAAUACCGUGGCAGUGAUCGCGCUAAUCUUCUGUCUGCAUGUGGUGAGGCUCCCUACUCAUGGUGCUGAUGUAUUAUGCUGUACCUUUAGGUAUGGGGUAUAUAACCUUCAGUUUGAAGGUGACUUUUCAUAACCAUUUUAAUUAUUUUCUUAAAUUACAUUUUGUACUCCAUUUGCAGUAAUAAUACACUACUGGGAAAGUCACAAAUAACACUUAUGCUAAUAACUGAAGCGUGGUUAUAACCUCACCCAUUUAAUUUAAUUUUAGUAAAAUUUGAUUUACACCAGUAACCUCUUCAGUGAGGUAAGUAUCAACAGUUUGCGGAUUGUUAAUGGCACAGAGUUAACAUAAACCUCAAUUUAAAUAUUUUUUUUUUGAGUAUACCAAAACCCUAAAUGUAGUUUGCUGUUUGGUUAUAUGCUGUUAUUUGUAAUUGUAUAUUACUAGCCAGGUCUAGUAGUUGUUGGAACGUCUAGUAGAACUGAGACUCUAAAAUAGUUUUUUUUCACUCCACUAAAUAAAUGAGCGAUAUUCCAUAGAGGUUAAAGUCAUCUUCUACAAUAGGGGCAGCCUUUGUGUAUUUAGCCAAUAGGUCUUUUCAACUGAUAAUAUAGUGCUGAACAGGUGCUUGUUCUAAUCUGUGGGUGUUCCUGAAUUAUUCCUCUGCACAGCAACCUGUGCAUCAUUUUGUGUGCUCCCAUCUGGAAGUACACAAAGCAGAUCCCUAAUAAGAGCUGCACACUACAUAUACACUUAUUGUCUACGUUUUUAGCUGUCCUGCAGAAAGGAGGUACUACUAAAAUAUACACAUGGAGACAUACCCACUAUAGAGGAGGGUUGUGCCCUAACGUUUUCUCAAUUAUUUUCUGUUUUGGUGACUUUUGGUGACAGUGCAGUUCAUAUUGAUGGCCUUGAAGCUUCCUCGGAAUGUGGACACUUUCCGUGCAUUCUGAAGGUGCGCAACAAAAUCUGUGAUGUUGGGACACCGUAUUCUAAAGUGAUGUGCACAGCUUCACAUCGCAGAAAAUUCAGUAUGGCCUUCAAACUAUUUAAAAUGCAUACAUAUGAAGAUUUUUUGUAGUUCUUUAAUAAAUCAAAAACAUUUUGGGUUUAGAGCCUUUUUAGAUGUUUAGGUUUUUUUUGGCUUGUUUUCUUUCUUUUUGUAUAUUUCUAGAAUUUGGUAUAGUUACAGAUACAGAAAGUGCAGCGUUUUCCAUGGUAUAGGAUAGAUUAGAUCGAAAUAUCAUAUGAUGCUUUUACUUGGUACACACCUAAAGAGUAAUCUCUCUGGUGGGAACAAAAAUCUGGUAAUGUAUGGGAGCAAAUGACAAGCUCCCAUUUGCUCCCAAACACUGGAAAACAAAAUUGGUUACAUUCGUUUGAUUUAACAAAUCUGAACAAUUGCCGUUUUCAGUGGUUGUCAUUUGCUCACAUACAUUACCAGACUUUUUUUCCCACCAGACAGUCUUAUGUUGCCUAAACAAAAAUGACUGGCAGUGCCUAUAGUGUAAAAUCUAAUGUGAUGUCUGCACACUACAUUUUUUUCUUUUUCUUUUCAUACUAGUUUAUUUUAUAUACCUUGUUAAAAUGUUUAAAAUUAAACUUUAUUUUGUGUGUAUAAAUCUUAAACGAACGUCGCAACAUCCAAAAGAGAAUGUGUUCCGCUAUUAUAUACCAAAUGAUGGGUGUAUGCACUUUUUCAGCUACUUAUAAAUGCUGACCAAAAAUAAUAUUUUAGCCCAGUGCUCCUUGAAUUCUUUUGUAUGUUGCAUAAUAUUGAACGUUUGCAUUUAAGGUUGUUAUGCUCCACAGCAAUUUGUCAAAAGCAGAACUUUGUAAAGCAUAACUUGUAUGUAAAUCUUUUAUCAGCAUUUCAAUAAAAGUGCCUUAUGAUGUUUUGUAAAUAGGAAGAUAUUUCCCCUUUGCACAAAUGUACAAUUUAAUGACUAACAUUUUGUAUAAUCUGUCAAGGGUAAAAACAAAACUAGUAACAUGCAAUUAAACAAUG